CCUUACAGGGAUAGGUAUAAAAGAUUUCAGAGUUGUAGUGUCUAGCCUGUUUGGCUGCAGCUCCCUAACCAACUGGAACAAGCCCAAAUCAGCUACCUAAACGCCAUCAUGACCCACCAGUUUCCAGCCCUCUCAACGGAGCAGAAAAAGGCCCUCUCUGACAUAGCGCAAAGGAUAGUUGCCCCUGGUAAAGGGAUCCUGGCGGCAGAUGAAUCCGUAGGUACAAUGGGUAACAGGCUGCAACGGAUCAAAGUGGAAAACACCGAAGAGAAUCGCCGUGCCUUCCGAGAGAUCCUCUUCUCUUCGGAUGCCUCCAUCAGCCAGCAAAUUGGAGGAGUUAUUUUCUUCCACGAGACUCUCUAUCAGAAGGACAGUACUGGAAAACUCUUCCCAGCCGUCAUCAAGGAUAAGGGCAUAGUGGUUGGCAUCAAGCUGGAUAAAGGCACGGCCCCAUUGGCAGGAACCAACGGAGAAACUACCAUUCAAGGUCUGGAUGGCCUAGCCGAACGUUGUGCCCAGUACAAGAAAGAUGGAGCUGAUUUUGGCAAGUGGCGUGCGGUGCUGAAAAUCACUGAUACAACUCCAUCGUCUCUUGCUAUUCAGGAAAAUGCCAACACGUUGGCACGUUAUGCCAGUAUCUGCCAACAGCAUGGACUGGUCCCCAUUGUCGAACCUGAGAUCCUACCGGAUGGAGACCAUGACCUCCAGCGCUGCCAGUAUGUGACAGAAAAGGUGUUGGCUGCUGUUUACAAGGCCUUGAAUGAUCAUCACGUCUACUUGGAGGGAACCCUGCUGAAGCCCAACAUGGUGACUGCAGGGCAGGCUUGUUCUAAGAAGUAUACCCCUGAAGAGGUGGCCAUGGCGACGGUCACUGCCCUCUCUCGCACUGUUCCUGCUGCUGUUCCUGGAAUCUGCUUCCUUUCUGGUGGCCAAAGUGAAGAAGAGGCUUCUGUCAACCUCAAUGCCAUCAAUCUGUGCCCCCUGAAAAAACCUUGGAAGCUGACUUUCUCGUAUGGACGGGCCCUGCAGGCGUCAGCUCUAGCUGCGUGGGCUGGAAAACCUGAGAACAAGAAGGCUGCACAGGAGGCCUUCUGCACACGGGCAAAGAUUAACGGUUUGGCCUGCAGAGGCCAAUACACAACCUCUGGGAAGAGCAGUGCUGCCGCCAGUCAAUCACUUUUCACUGCAAGCUACUCGUACUAGAUUGAUAGCUGGGUGACCGUCUCAUUCCUCUGUGCAGCUGACAGGAGGAGACCCAAAAGGAAAAGAUCACACAAUAUAUUCUGGUGGGAAAUUGGGUUGGAAUAAGCACCCUGGCACCUAUCUGUAUUAGCCUCAUGCACCACAAAAAAAAUGGACAGGCUUUAUGGUUCCAUCUUUCAUUGACUUUAAUCUUUCUCGAGACUGCUGGGUUUUAGAUGCUUCUGUAGCCAGCUGGGGAGUCGGGCAAUAUCAGGCCCCAAAUUGUCACCAGAAAUGAAGGAACCUUCCAGCCUCAAGAACUACACAGCUGAAAUUCGAUGCCAGGAAUGAAAAUUGGAGCACCUUUAUUGUACAAAGUUUUCAGUCUAUAAACUGUGAAUUAUCUUCCUGCUGCAGCAAAAAGAAUAAAUGCCUGUGAAACUUA